AUGUUAAAAUUAUUAGAAAACUUAGAUUAAUUUGGAGUAGCCUUUUAGCCAACACUUAGAUAUUCUAAAACCUAACAUAGAACAGUCUUAGGAGGAAUAAUGUCUAUUUUAUUAUAUGGACUAAGUUUGGCUUAUUUAUGUUAUGUGUUCUUUUUAUGGAAGAGUGGGUUAACACUUCCUAAAAUAACAAUAACUUAAAAAAUAAAUCAAAAUUAAGUGUUGGAAUUAAAAGAAACAUAUGUUCAAUUUGAAUCUAGAAAAUUUGAGUUUACAUAUAUAGAUCCAUUCAAUCCUUAAGCAAUUAUAUUAUAGCCUGCAAUUUACUAUUUAAAAAAUGGUGUACUUAUUGAACCACCUAUUCCAAUAUUUAUAUCUUAAGAAUUGAAUUCAAAGUUUUAUACAAUUAACAUCUCAAAUUUCUUACUUUCUAUAAGUGAAAGUAAAUCUGAAUUGGAUCCAGAGAUUGAAAUGAUGCUUACAUUAGGUAGAUGUUAAGAACAUCUCUUAUAAGGAGAUUAGAAGUGUGCUAAUGAUAAUAUAGUGAGUGAUUACUUUAUGCAACCAACUAAUGUUAUUAUUUUAAGGUAAUUUAUGAAGGAAUUCAAUACAGCUACAGAAACUGUUGAUAUUAUUGGUAGAGAAUAGAUGAUAUCUAUAUAAAGUAAUUUUACAUUUUAAGUUCAAACUUAUAUAAGAAUUUAAGAAACUAAUGUAGAUACAGGUGCAUUAUUUGAAAAUAUUAAUAAAUAUAGAUUUAUAACAGAUUAUAGAGGGAGUAAUUCAAUGUUGGGAUUAGAUUAUUUUUAUAAUAUUUUUAGAUAUGAUUUGUUUGUUUCUCUAUAUUAUAAAUUGGAUAAUAUUUAAUCAGAAUAAACAAUCACAUAUCCUAAAUUGAGUGAAGUAUUGGCAGAGGCUGGAUCAAUUGCUUCUACUAUAUUUCUCUUAUCUUAUUUAGUAGUAAUGAUAAAUUAAAAAUAAUUAUAAUUUGAAGCUGUAAAUAAUGUAAUUGGUAUGUAUUAUCCAGAUUUUAAUUAAAUUAAGAUAACUAAAAAUAUAUUUGGUUAAAUAAGGAAAGUAUAAAAGAAUGAUAGAUUAUUGGAUUUAAAUACAUUCAAAAAAUAAUAUUAGAAAUUAGUUAAAAUAGGAGAAACUAAAUUAUCUAUAUCUAAUUAGAUUUAUGAAAUCUCUAGAAUCUAAUUUAUUCUAUAAUCUAUUUUUACAUCUACAUAUAUGAAUUAAUUUCAUUUACAUGGAAUUCCUUUUUAAUUAAUUGGUUAUGAUACAUAAAAAGAAGAUUAGGGUAGUACAGUUAAAUUAGAAAUGAGUUUAAAUUAGGAAACAAAUUCUAUUAAAUAAAGUUCAAUUGUUCCAGUGAGUAUCAAUGAAAAAAAUUAAGAUACACUUUUGUCAACUUAAUAGAAUUUUAACAUGAGACCAUCAAAAAGUUCAAAUUUAAUGAUUAUAAGUUCAAAAGAUAAUUUGGAUGGAUAGAAAAUAGAUUAUAAAGAAUAUAAGGAUUUUGAUUUUUAAUUAUUAAUCAUAUAGAAUGAGAAAGAUGAUAGGGAAAAUAAGGAAGAUAACAAUACUUAAUAAAAUCAAUGA